AAAUCUGUUAUCAAACACGGCUUUUAUUUUGAAAACUCUGACCGGAAGUGGUACCCAUAAUUCUUUCUCGCAUGACGCUUGCCAAGCAUGGUAGCUUUCCGUCCUGUUGAGAAUAUCAAAGUGUGCGGUGUCCUUGUCUUCUGUCACAGAGCUGGUCGUGAUUGCAGCGAGUCCCGGAGCACAGAGGACAGGCUGUCCCGCCUGGAGUGUCCCUGUCCUCGGCUGUCAGGAAGCACCGUGCCCCCCCCUCCCCUCUUCUUCUUCUGACUGACUGAUCACCUGCAUGUGGAGCCGCUUUCUCCUUGGAUGACCUACACGCAACCUCUCUCAGGAGCAGCAGACGUCGCUUCAUUACAGCCGAACACCUGCUGGUCAGGAGGAGCAGCGGGACGCGUAUCGAUACACAGCCGGAGACAAGUCAAGGCGAGAGUCCUGCAGGCUUCAGGCCGACUCUGGAGCAGCUGACCUGGGGAACACAAUACGACGCUGCUAAAAAAACAUUUUUCUUCUCAUUGUGGCUGCGUCAGGGGAAGCGGACACCGGAGUGGGAGUCCUGCAGAGCUGACAGUCAAUGACAGCAGCUGAUCAUUAACAAGACGAGACGGACGGGCUAUAAAGAGGGACACUACAUCAUUCUAGGAGCUUACAUGAUGUACACAAUCACCAGAGGUCCCAGCAAACUUGUUACACAACGGAGGACAGGUCCCACGCAACAAAUCGAGACCAAAUUCAGCGACCUGAAGCUGAAGCCGACGUCUUGGCUGUCCUCGAGCUCUCCGCCCCCGAAGAUCGUGUUCAAUCGUUUGAACGGGAAGCGCUACCACAGUGCAGCCACACAGAAGACGGCCAGCCCAGCAGAGGGGUUCACACCAGCACAUGAAGAGAACGUCAGAUUUGUGUAUGAAGCAUGGCAGGAAGUGGAGCAGAAGCUGGGGGACGGAGACGCAGGGGAGCCAACUGAGAGCCCCGGGCCCAUUCAGUACACUGAGAAGACUCCCAGUGCUGCGAUGAAGAACUUUGUGCCCAUAGACUUGGAGGAGUGGUGGGCUCAGCGCUUCCUUGCCAACAUUGCCAACCUUUCAUGAGCUGGUGAGGCUUUGAGUCGGGACAGGAAGCACGGCGUCGAUGCUCCGUGGAUGAAGGCAUCAUGAGUGUGAGGAGGAUCCGUCUCCAGGAUCUGCAGUACGAAAUGUUCGUACGUAAUUUGGAAUCUGAUUUGCCGCCGUGUGCUUCACGCUGCUGUAGAGAAAACUGGUUGCACAACACGAACCCCCCUGAUGCAACGACAGCGACCUGAUUGAUUCGCAGAGAUGACUUGAUGUUGUGCUGCUGCAAAGGACCCGUCUCUCUCUACUUGAAUGAUGAAUCGGAUAGAAGUUGAGAUUUUUUUUUCUUGCCCAAGAACCUGCCUCCUUUCUCAAGUGUGCUCAGCUGUAUGUACGCUGUGGCUGAUCUUUUAAUAUAAAUCUUCUGAAGAGCAAAAGAAAAGUAAAAUGUUUUUCAAAAAUC